AUGGACGAGUUCCUCGCCGACCUGCGCGAACUCGACGAGACGCAGGAGCGCGUCGAAGCUGUGAGCGAUGGUAUGAUGCGCAUGCAGCGCUCGGGCAACGCGUCCGCGACGCAGGAGAUGGUGCAGAGCUGGAUCCAGAUGCUACGGGCCAGCGACUUCCAGUCGGAGCGCGUCGCGUUCUUGUACGUGGCCAAUCACGUGCUGCAGAAGACGCUCUUCAGCGACGAAGAAGGGCACAAGACGCGCGCGUUUGUCGACCUUUUUCUCGAGCACUUGGACGAGGCAGUUGCGCUCGUGUGCAACUCGCCCAUGGACCGCCAGAACGUCACGAGGCUCUUGGAAUUGUGGCACGAGAAGAAGAUUUUCACCGACGCCCAAGUGUUCAAGAUGUGGCGCUGUACAGGCGAAGAUUUGCCUCAGUUCCUGGAGGCUGUGAGCAGAGACGCAGGUGCGAAAGAGGGCGAGACGAAGGGCAGUGACGCUGGAAACAACGAACUGCUGAACAAUCAGGAGGACGCAGGCACAGAGCUCCACCACGUGCUGCCCAUGAAACUCAACUCGCACUCGGUCAAUCCAGUGCUGGAUGUGUUGAAAAAGAUUGACUACCACAAGACAGCGGUGCGGUAUUUGAAUCAGCAAAUUGGAGAGAGGCAUCAACUGCUGCUGCAAGACAGUGUCGCAAGGUAUCGUACAGCAGCAGAUCUUGUCGCAGACAGAGCCACGGCGUCUUCUACGAUUAAGCAGAGAUCAGAGGAUUGUUUGAGACUGGUAAAAGUGCGCAAUAAAUCCAUUCGUGAAGUGGCAGCUCUAAAGACGAAGCUUUCGGAAGCAAUUGCCAACAUGAUUGAAUACGAGGAAGAAGCCGCGGCGAAGAUUGAGCAGAAACUUGAGCAAUGUGAUGAGAUCGACUUGGGUCUGAUGGAUCUGACAGAUCAUCAAAAGCAGUUUUCUGAAGAGUGGUCGCAUGCACGCUUUGUGAAUCUUGAGCGUCGAAAACAGCGCGAAGAACUUCAGCGUCAGAAGGACGAGGAGAUUGCCCGUCUGCACCAGGCGGCUAUUGCCGAAAGCGCGAUGCAUGCAAUGAAUUUAGAGGCUGACAUCAAUCCCAACUCGGCUUCAGAACUGCAGUCGCUAUCGAGAAAGUUUGAGGGUCGGCCACAGGAAAAGGACGCCAAAGCUGAAAACGAGAACGAACUUGUUUGGAACCCGAUUCGAAAAGAGUUGGUGCCGUUACGAAGCUUGAACGUGGAUUGGGAAGAUUGGCGAGACCAUUGA